AUGGGAGCCGACACCUCAGCCCCGACGGUCGUUCAGGAAUCGCAUGCCGAUGCAGGGAAUGAAAAAGACUUGGUCAAUCUGACCGUUCAGAGUGAUGAUUCGACAAGUCAAUCUAGCAACGACAUUAAACCGCCCCCGUUGGGAGCAAAAUUGUUCGCGGUCUUUCUGAUCUCAUGUAUCAGCUUUGGAUCCCAUUGGAGCUCUGGCGUGACGGGAGCGAUGAAGAGUACGAUCAAGAAGCAGAUGCACAUCACUAAUGUGCAAUUUUCCCUGCUGGAGGCAAGCGAGGACUUUAUGGCCACAUUAUUGUUGAUUCCCAGUGGAUUGAUCACAGAUCGAUUAGGAGGCGCGGAAAUGAUCGUGUAUGGAAACAUUGUCUACACAAUUGGGUCAAUUCUUGUGGCCGCGGCGACAACCGUCCGCUCCUUCAAGUUCAUGAUUGGCGGGCGAGUGGUUCUUGCUCUUGGAGACAUUGCCACGCAGAUCGCCCAGUAUAAGAUGUUUUCAUCAUGGUUCGCGCCUAGCAAUGGAUUCGCUUCAACACUAGGUUUUGAGUUGGCAGUCGGAAAGAUUGGCGGCUUUGUGGGCAAGUCUACAGCCAACGUGAUAGCCAAGAACACCGGUAACUUUGCUUGGGUCUUUUGGACCGCUGUCUUCAUGAAUCUCUUUACCAAUGCGGCCACGGCUGCAUUCUGGGUGUUUAGCCGGUAUUGCCAUCGCCACUUCAGUGGGCGUCAGGAUACUGCCACGGAUGAGCUCUUGACGGAGAGGAACAAGAAGUUUGAAAUUGCGAAGAUCUUCCAGCUACCCUGGACGUUCUGGGCUGUGCUGGCUUUUUCACUGUUCCAAUCGAGUACGGCUUUGACCUUUAAUCAGAAUGCCACGGAGCUCGCCGAGCACAGAUUUGAGAUUGGUGCAAUCAAGGCUGGUUGGUAUAGCGCUCUGUCACAGUAUGCAGGAUUCUUCCUGGUUCCUUGCCUGGGUGUCUUUAUUGACAUCCUCGGCCAUCGUGCAACUGUCCUGUUCAUUUGCGGUCUAUGCUUGCUUCUCAGCAUGGUCCUUCUCAAUUUUACCUCGACGACGACCGGCACGGGUGUAUCAUUUGGAAUCUAUGCCAUCGCUCUCUCCCUAGGGCCGACCUCAAUCAUUGACAGUAUUCGCACCACCCUCUGGCAUCAAUCUGUCUUUGGCUCGGCCUACUCGCUCAAGGUGACCAUGAACAACGCAAUGAACAUCAUCGUCCGAAUCAUCACCGGCGCGUUGCAGGAUGCGGAUGACAACUCCUAUCGGCGAGUCGUCCAUGUCUAUCUGUUCCUCUCUGCGGCUGCAACUGUCGUAGGCGCUUUGAUUUUCGUGGGUACCUUCAUGACCGACCAGCUGGGUCUUUUGCAGUGGAGCCGCAAGAAACGCUUGAUCUCAGGUGCGGAGAUCAUCCAGGCCCUGAAAGAGCAGAGUCUUGUGAUUGACGCUAAGCGCACGCAACGAAUUUCCAUCGGUUGCUUUACAACCUUUGUACUGCUGGUUGUGGGAGGCUGGGUGGCGUACAUUUGGGGUGCGAUAACGGAAAACAAUUCUUGA